UGGGUUAUUUCGUUAGUUUAUUUGUUAUUUUGGGUUGUUUGGGUUAUUUGUAAGCGAACUCUUAUAAGAGUUAUUGUAGAGUAAUGUCGUACUCUUGAUCAGAUUGAUUUGAGAAGAAGAGAAAAACGAGUCAUCGUCAAAAGAUUAUCUCGGCGACCGAUCGCCGGCCACGGACGACGGACGACCACCGACCGGCCUGCCACCUAGCGGCGACGCCGGCACCGCGCACCUGUGACGUCAUCGGUCCGCGGCGGCGGCGGCUGCGGCGGCCGACGGCGGCGGCGGCGGGGAGGCGGCCAGUGCAGUGCCUGUGCUGGGCGGGAGACGGCCGAGGGCCGCGCGCCUGUGUGGUGGUUUUGGGGAACGCGCGAGAUCGCGCAGUGCGCAGUGCUGAGCGACACGGAGCGCCGCGGCGGCGGCAGUGCUGACGCAGCGCGACGGACCACCAGGAGGACGCCCAGCAGCUGAGAUUGUUGCCACAGGUUGAAGAAUGGGUUAAAAUGAACACAGCGCCAGGCAUACCGAAUCGGAAACGUAAGAAAUCGGACGCCACCAACGAGCAAGCGAAUGCGCAGGUGAAAUGUCAGAAUGAGAAGCGCCGCCGCGAGCUGGAGAAUGCGUUCAUCAGUGAGCUUGCCAACUUGAUAUCCACCAAGGAUAUGACCCAGAAUGGCAAGAAGGACAAGUGUGUAAUUCUUCAGGAGACCGUCAAUCAGAUUAAGAAUAUUAAGAAGGAGAGCUCGGCGGAUGCCGUUCAGCAGGGUGAAGUGAGCUCAUCGCUACCCGCACUGCCGGACUUUCAGCCGCUGCUUCUGAACGCGCUGGAAGCAUUCGCGUUCUUCGUCAACUCCGAGUACCGCAUCGAGUACGUGUCUGAGAACGUGACCGAGUAUCUCAAGUACCGCCGCGAGGAGCUGCAGGGCAAGCUGCUGUUCAACUACAUCCACCUGGGGGACCACAGCAACAUCUCCAGCAUCCUGGUCCCGAUGAUCCGCGGGCCGUAUGCCUACCAGAGCGAUCCACAGAAGCCGCGCAGCGUAGUGUGUCGAAUGCUCGUGAAGAACCCCUUCGAGAACACGGAGACGAUGGAAGAGAAGCAGCAGCGUGUCAGCGAGUACGAGAACAUGCAGCUGUCCAUUCUGAAGAGGAUCAAGUCUCAGGAGUCGACCAGCUCUGAGCCGGGCCAGGACGGCGACGGCCACAUGCUGCUCUGUCUGGCCAGGAAGACGGCAGAGGCCAAGGGAGGCGGCGUCGGCGCCGGCAUCGGCGUCGGUCCCGCCGAGACGCUCAUCACCCGACUCGACCAGACGGGACGCAUCGUCGGCGUCGAGACGCAGAACCUGACGCCGGCGCACGCGCAGCACUUCACCCAGGACCUGGCCGGCCAGUCGCUGUUUGAGCUCGUCUGGCCGGCCGACCAGUCCAAGGUGGUGGCGCACAUCGACAGAGUGGUCAACAGCAGCGACCCGGGGCCGCACCCGCUCGAAGACGUCCGGCUGCGAGGUCUGGUGGCCGGCACCUACUUCCGCGUACAGACGCGCACCAAGUGCUUCAAGAACGCCGACCACGGCAUGUUCAUCAACUGCAUCCACACCAUCUGCGGGGAGGAGAUGAAGCCGGAGCCGGCCUCCCCGCGCAGCGGCCUGCUGUCGCCCGGAGCCCAGAUGGCCGGCCCGCGGCCCGCCCAGCGUCCACUCAGCGCCGGCCUCAGCCCCGGCGGGCCCGGCCCCGGCGGCGGCGGCGGCGGACCGGCGCCCGUGCACAGCGUCGGGAACAACGGCGGCCCGGCGUACUCGUUCAGCGGCCCGGUCAGCUCGCUCACCUCCAUGGGCAACACGAUCACGCUGAACGCCGGCGCCGGCGUGUCGACUCUGACCGUGCCCUCGUCGGACGCGUACGACAGUGAUAUCUUUAGUGAACUGUUCUCGGGCGGGCCGCUGGACGAUUUCGGCGGCGGCGGCGGCGGCGUCAGCGGUGUCGGCUACUCGAGCGGCAGCACCACGCCGAGCACAGUGAGCGCGGCGGCCAUGUCACGCGCGCCGCCCGCCGGCGGACACAUGUACGUCAACACGAGCGCCGCCUCGAUGGGCGGCAGCCGGCCCAGCUCGCGGCAGAGCCACAACUCGACGCCGACACCGCACCCGGCCAGCCUGCCGUCGUUCAGCCCGGCCGGCGGCUUCCAGAUCAGCCCGCCGGCCAGCACAGAGUACGGCCGGCCGUCGCCCGCCGCAGACGCAGACGACGGCGGCCUCAAGGGCCUGCUCGGGCCGCGCUCCGUCUCCAGCGACGCGCUCGGAGAGAACAAGGAGAGCCUGCUCCAGGGCGGCCUGCAUGGCCACGAUGAUGACGGCGGUCAGAAACUGCUGCUGGGAGGCGGCGCAGGAGGCGGGGGAGCAGGAGGAGCCUCCAAACCCUCCUCGGGCGGCAGCGACAAGAUGCUCCGCCAGCUGCUGGACGAGCGCAACGACCACCGCACCAAGACCAAGAACAACGAGGAGCUCAUCAUGUUGCUGAAGACGGGCGGCGGCGCUCAGUCGAGUCAGCAGCAGUCUCAGCAGCAGCAGCCGCAGCAGCACAUGCUGGACCCACUGCGGCGGCCCAGCGGAGGCGCGUCGCCGCGCGUCAGCGAGCCUUUCAGCGACUUCACUGCCCGAGACCUGCUGCGAGGUCACAAACGGACCAGCCAGGACGGCGACUCGGACCCGCUCAGAGGGGCCAAGAAGCCGGUGCGGUACCCCAGCGGCGGCGGUGGAAUGAUGGACCUGGUGCACGCCGGCGGCGGCCAGGACGCCAGUCCUCACGGCCUGCCGGCCAACAACAAGAUGCUGGCCACCCUGCUGGCCAACACGUCCAGUCCGAGCCCCACGGUGCCCACCACCAUCGCCAGGGUCCGGCCGUCCGACCUGCCUCAGGACAAGCUGCCGCGGCCCGACGAGCUGCGCAGUAAGCUCAAGGACCAGGGCGCCCGGUCGCGCGGCCCGAGCGGUCCCGGUCCGGGCCCCAGCCCCGGGCCGGGGCCGGGGCCCAGCCCGGUCGGCGGCGGCCCGCUCACGCCGCUGUCGGAGGGGGCCGACCCGAUGCUGCUGCUGGGCCCGGGCCGGCCGCAGCAGCAGCAGCAGCAGCCACCGCUCUCCCAGCAGCAGCAGCAGCAGCAGCCCCAGCAGCCGGUGUCCAUGGCCACCGCCGUCGGUCUGCAGUCGCAGCUGGGCCGGCCGAUGUCGGCUCCCAUCAACCACGACGGUCCGCCGUCGUUCUUCCAGAGCCAGAGUCUGCCGGCCGGGGACGACCAGCAGGAGCUGGACAACAUCCUCGACGACAUCAUGAACUUCGAGAGCCAGCGAGACGGCGCGCAACGACAACCGAACGGCGGGCCGCGACUCACCGAGCCGAGCACCAAUAACCUGGUCAACGAGCGGAUUGCCGAGAUCCGCCGCUCGCUGAUGCAGGCCGAGUCGACCAUCGCGCGGCCGGCCUUCACCUCCAUCCCCAGCGGUGUGCCGAGCUCGGCUGCCGGCUUCCCGCCGCCCUACCAGCAGCCCCGGCCGCGCGGCGGCUUCACCUCCCAGAUCAACAUGGUCCGGUCACAAAUGUCACACUACCCAGUCUCGAACCAGCCGCGGAUGACAAACCACCAGAUGGCGCAGCGGAACCGGCUGCUGGACCAGCAGCAGCAGCAGCGGGUGCUGGUCAACAACGCCAACCGCGGCGACAUCAACGUUAGUUACCAGAACAUCGACAACAUCCUCAACGCCACGCCGCCCAACGUCUCCCUGCAAGUAGGUCUCCAGCAACGUCUGACGGGCGGCAGUCAGGAGUCACAGGCGUCUCCCAACUACAGUUCGGCCGUGGGCAUGUCGCCGCUGGGCCAGAUGCCGUCGCCGGGCCAGCCGCCGUGUCCGUCGCCGCACAGUCCCAGUCUGGGCGGCCAGGGCGGCUUCCCCGGGUACGGCGCCGGCGGCCAGGUGUCGCCGCGCGCCGCGCCCGGCGCCGCCGCGCAGCCCGGCGGCGGCCCAUCGCCCUUCUCCGCGCAGCUGUCGCCGGGCGGGCCGCCAGGCACCCCUGGCGGCGCUCAGGCGCGCGCCGCCGCCGUGGCCGCCGGCAAGCUGCAGCAACAGAACCCCGAGCUCAACGCCCAGCUCUCGGGCACGUUCGGAAUCCGCGGCCAGAGCUACCAGCUGCCGCAGCGGAACACGCCCAUGCAGCGGUCGCAGCAGCCGUUCCCGCCGUCUCCGCAGCAGCAGCUGUACCAGCAGCAGCAGGCGCAGGCGCAGGCGCAGCAGCACGCCCGGCUGCACCGGCAGAGCUCGGCGCCGCCGCCCGGCGCCGCCGGCAUGCCAGGGGUGCGGCACUACGGCGGCGACCAGCUGCCGCGCCUGCUGUCGCCGCCGGCCUCCCAGUCCUACCUCCCGCAGGGCUCCUACCCCCCGGCGCACCCGGGCCUGGCGGGCCACCCGCCGCCGCCGCCGCCGCCUCACCCGCACCCGCCGGCCCAGAUGGACAUGUACGCGGGUCCCGAUGACCGGGUCCGACCCCCGCCCGGCUCUCAGGCGGGUCCGGGCGGCGCGGCCGGUCCGCCCUCGGGCACGGCCGGCGGCGGCUCGUCGGUGUACGUGCGCCAGGAGCUGCGGCGCAGCAUCAUCGGGCAGCGCCAGCAACCGGGCGGCCGGCAGCUGACCCAGGACGACCUGGAGGAGUUCGGCCUCGAGGUGCCACUGCCAGGUCACGACACGCGGUGGCCGGUGCAGCCGCCGUCCUCCCAGCCGCCCGAGAGUCCUGGUGGCGCGGCGGGCGGCGCCGGCGGCGGGCCGCCGUCCCUGCUGCGCGACCUUCUCAUGUCGGACUGACUGCGCCGCGCCGCUGCCCGUCCCCCCUCGCCCGCUCAGCGCGCGCCCGGCCGCCGGCGCCGGCCUGUGAUAGCGCCCGCCCCACGGCCGGACUCUGAUAUACGUAAGCGGCCUCGCGGGCCGUCCUGCUGCCAGGCAAAGUGAUUUGGACAAGCGAACUGGCGCCUGUGCUUUAUUUUGGGGUGAACUCAGAUACUCUGUUUGGCGGUCGUUUUUAGGUUUCUAGCUGGUGCGCCUGCCACGCGAAUCGUAUCGUCCCUUGUGAGAAGAUGUGCGCGCGGGCCGAUAGCGAGGCGAGCUGACGUCCGGCCAUCUUUCUGUUAUCAAAUCGACCACGGCCGCCAGACGGGCGGAGUGGCCGCCGGCCCUACCUCUGCCGCCUUCCGACUCUGUCCGUCUCCGGGCGCGCCGCCGCCCCGUACCGGCCGCUCCGGCCGCCCGCCCAGCUCCCGGAUAGCGCACACAGCCCCCGUUGGCAUUUCCAAGUACAAAUCGCUCCUGGCCCUGUGCAAUGAACUGUACAUAUGAUUGUUUUGUUGCGUGUCGGUGCGGUUGGUUGUGAUGACACCAUGAGGUACACAGUGGAAGAGUUUAUUUUAGAUAUUGUGCACCAAAGUCUGUUACUAUGGUUUCGUGCGGAGGCCGUCGCUCGCUCUCUCUCGUGUCUUUGUCAGUCUUCUGUAUCCGUCUGCCUCUCUGUACUCUGUCUUCUGUCCGUCUCUCCUCUCUUUAUCUCUGCGUAUUUUCCUCUGUCUCUCUCGGUCUGCGCUCGCCAGCCGGCGGACGGCGCGCGCGCGGGUCGUCCGGCCUGCCCUGAGAAUCAAAACACGCCGCUUUUGUUGUGAUUGGGCCGGCGGGCGGCAGGGGGCGCGCGUCUCUGCCGGCGCGGGCCAGCGCCGCGCCGUGCCGUGCCGCCGCCGCUCUAUUUUAGUACGGGCAGCGUCCGUGCGCGGCGCCACCGGCGGCCGCCGCCUCGGCAUGGUAGGAAAUAGCCCUUAGUGUUUGUACUCGGCCGCGGUAAAUUAUUGUACACUAUUGUAAACCAAUGUAAAUAAGACAAUGAAUAACGAAUACAUUGCAUUUACGGAGGACAUGGA